AUGAAUUCCCAGAACUCUGCGACUGUUCUUUUGAACAGGGUGAUCUCGCUGAAAGAGUCAUCCCCUUUGAUUUUGGUGCUUGAUACAGUGCUCCAGACGGGAUCUUAUCUUCAGAAAGAACUUCUGCACAAGGCAAAGAGCCAGAAUAUCCAUACGGUGUAUCUAUCCUUUGAGACCCUGAAUCGACCCGAAGUCGACGAGUUUAUCCAGUGCUCCGAGCUUUCUGUUGAGCAGAUUAGCAAGGGAAUCAAACACGGUCCGAAGACCCUCAUAAUCAUUGACUCCAUCAACUAUGUUCCAAUAAAUCAACUCAACAGCCUUUUGCGCAGCCUCAUCUCUCCAACAACGGUGGUGUGUGCUGACUACCACACAUCCGUUCCAGCAGAAAAGCCAGCAGGUUACCAAAAUAUGGCCUCCGCGUUGCAGACGCUCAUGUUCAUGGCUACCACCAUAUUCGAGCUGCGACCUCUAAGUACUCUGAGCGACGAGGAGCUCGAGGUUGCCUCGCACAGACUCGAGUUCCCUGUCGGUGUCGCUAAUAGACCCAAGUUUGAGGCACGCAUGGUGUACAGACGCAAGUCUGGCCGGUCGCUCGAGCAUGUCUUUGAGAUCGACACCCUUACACACGAAUACACAGUCAAACAGGAGUCCACAGAGCAGCCCAACGAGGAAGAGCUCUUGGAGAAUCUCACCACGUUCAAUCUCACAACCACACAUAAGCAGAAACUGGAAAGGGAAAAGGUCGACCUGCCGUUCCUGGAGGCACAGGAGUCUCUGGGAGCUGUUGGAGGAGCGAUCGUUUACGAGUUCGAGAAAGACGACGAUUACGACGAGGACGAUCCGUACGAGGAUCCAUUUUGA